AUGGUAGAUAGUACUCAAACACGAAUUCAAGGAAGUCUAGUGACCCCCUCCCUGGGGAGCCCAGGAUACCCUUGGCUGCUAGCGGGGUUCCGCCGCGAGCAGCAUUUCGGCCAUAGGAAACUCAACUUUCUCCUGCAGCCUCUGCAGAAUUGGCUCAUACGCAACGGCAGGGGCGUUUACGGCCAGAAAGGCGAACAGAGCGCCGAUCCUGGCAUACACGAGCUAGUGAAGCCCCCUAGUGCACCGGAAUUGCAACCGAGAAGUCCUGCGACGAUUGAGCCCCCCACAGCCAAUCCUGUGGGAGAGCAGCCCUUCUAUAGGGCGUGCAUACCGCCGUACCUUCUUCUGACCGCGAGCAAUCUGCAGGUCGUUGCGCAGCUCGUCCAGCAGGUCCUCCCGCAGCAGUCGGAACUGGUUAUCAUAGUGAGCGGCAGAACGUUGAUCGAGGGGCACGUGGUAGAUCUCCUCCUCCAGUCGGCAGUAGGGCAGAGUCGUCGACAUAGUCUCGCCGGGAAUGGGGAGGAUGGCUAUUUUGCGGAAAUCCUCCCAAUCGUUGUCGUGCCGCCUACCGGGAUGGUAGCUCUCCUCUGGGGGGACCUGGACGGCCAUGAUUUGGAUGACGUUAUCGAUGCGGAGGUUCAGCAGGAGCCAGGCGAACCCCAACUCGGCCUCCUCGUCGAACAGUCGUUGUAUGUGUGCGUCGAUGAAGAAGUUCUAGAGGAUCGGAGGAUCGACCAGAUAGCCGAUGACCUUGCGCACGAACUGUCUGCUGCCGAGUCUUUCGAGGUCUAG